UCUCAGACAUCCAAAAAUAAACAGGGGAACUAGAGGAACUGCAUGUCCUCUGUGUAUAAAAACACUCUGUCUGUGAUUGCAACACCACACCUUCUCUGGUGCCUCUGGAUCUCUAAAGAUAAAAAUCUGUUAUUCAUCUGCACCCGUUCUACUCAUCAAACAGUUCAUUCUUUCUUUCAACUGUCAUUCAACAUCGGUACAUUAGAGCAUGAAACAGAAACUCUUGGACAUGCGCAGAGAUUUUUGCCCCUCGUUUAGGGCAGACUCUGACCCAGACCUGAAAGCACCAGCAGGUCCUGAUGGCCAGGCAGAGAGGAUGGUGAUGAAGAGGGAGAUCUCUCUGGCCAAUGGAGUGUGUCUCAUUGUGGGAAACAUGAUUGGUUCAGGGAUAUUUGUGUCACCCAAAGGCGUUCUCCUGCACAGCAUGUCUUACGGCCUGUCGCUGCUUAUCUGGGCUCUCGGGGGCUUGUUCUCUGUCUUCGGUGCUCUCUGCUAUGCUGAGCUUGGCACCACCAUUUGCAAGUCAGGUGCCAGUUAUGCCUAUAUCCUAGAGUCCUUUGGUGGAUUCCUGGCCUUCAUCCGUCUCUGGUCAUCAAUCUUGCUGGUGGAACCAGCGAGCCAGGCUGUCAUCUCUCUGACGUUUGCUAACUACUUGGUGGAGGCUCUGUACCCAACAUGCCAACCUCCAUAUGAUGCUGUGAGAGUCAUCGCCGCUGCCUGCAUCUGUGUGCUGAUCUUCAUAAACUGUGCCUAUGUUAAGUGGGGAACUCUGGUCCAGGAUAUCUUUACCUACACCAAGAUUUUGUCCCUCAUCCUCAUCAUUACAAUCGGCGUUCUAAAAAUAAUUAAAGGAGAGACUCAGAACUUUGAGAACUCAUUUGAAGGUUCCUCCGUGGAGGCUGGGAGCAUUGCACUCGCGCUUUACUCGGCUCUUUUCUCCUACUCCGGCUGGGAUACACUCAACUUUGUCACAGAGGAGAUUGUGAAUCCAGAAAGGAAUUUACCCCUAGCCAUUGCCAUCUCCAUGCCGAUUGUAACCAUCAUCUACCUUCUUACAAAUGUGGCAUACUACUUGGUACUGGACAUACCUUCCUUUAUGGCCAGUGAUGCAGUUGCAGUGACCUUUGGGAAUCAGGUUCUGGGACCCUUCUGUUGGGUCAUUCCCUUUGCUGUGGCUAUGUCCUGUUACGGAGGACUCAAUGCCUCCAUUAUUGCUUCCUCCAGGUUGUUCUUUGUCGGGGCCAGAGAGGGUCACCUACCAGACAGCCUGGCUCUGAUCCAUACUGACCGCUACACUCCUGUCCCAGCACUCAUCUUCAAUGGUGUAAUGGGACUAAUAUUUUUGUGUGUGGAAGAUGUAUUCCUGCUAAUCAAUUACUUCAGCUUUAGCUACUGGCUGUAUGUGGGAUUAUCUGUGGUGGGACUCAUUUACCUUCGCUUCACACAGCCAGACAGACACAGACCUGUGAAGCUGACACUGCUCAUUCCCUUCAUCUAUUGCUUGUGCAGUCUUUUCUUGGUCCUUGUGCCCCUCUAUAGUGACACAGUCAAUUCCCUCAUAGGAGUCGCUAUUGCACUGUCUGGUGUACCAGUGUACUACUUCUGCAUCUACCUGCCUGUGGAGAAGAGGCCGAAAUGGUUGAGUCAGCUCAAUGACUCCAUCACCAAAUACACCCAGAUCAUAUGCUGCUGCUGUCUAACUGAUCUCGACAUGGAGCCCGAGAUGUUGAAUGAAAACAAGACUCAGUGAUUUACACAGGAAUGAGUUCUCUACUCAUAAACGGCAUCGAUUUUCAAACGACUGAAGCAGACGCGAACGUUGGCACCAUGGUUAACUUACAAGGACAAUGGAGUCCGGUGAGAAGGCAUUUCUUUUAUGAACACACCAUGUCUUCUUUCAAUUUGUACUGUAUGUUUGAAGUAUUAUCAUGAAAACGACAAGAAGAGAAAAUGCAGUAUAAUUUCUCUUUAUUUUUUUUAUAAAAUUGUGUUGAGGGUACGGUGUACAGUACUUUUGACAAAUGUCUAAAAUAUGCUUAGUGUCUCUCAUUACUCACUCAUCAUUCAAUAGAAUUUUAUGUUUUAUUCAAAUCCUGAAUUGUUUUGAUGUGAACUAUGUACAGUGUUGUCUGGAUUAACCCUGAUGUUUUACUUAUGACUAAACUCUAAUUCAUCUGGGAAGUGCGUAAACCAGUGUUCGGUCAGCAGUUUUGAGAGGAAGCAAGCCAGCUUGGACUGCUCCACAUAAAGGAGGAACUUCAAACCUUCAAGCAGCAGUCAGAGAAUUCAAUGAGCCACUCAGUGAUUCGGUCCUCUGACCUUGUGUUAAGGCAAAAAAAAAUGCAUUGUAAGAAUACUCCCCAAUGUGGAUUAUGAAAAUGCUGACUCAUAAGCUUUUAUGCUUGUUAAGAAAUAUCUAUAUCUAUCUAUCUAUCUAUCUAUCUAUCUAUCUAUCUAUCUAUCUAUCUAUCUAUCUAUCUAUCUAUAUAUCUAUCUAUAUAUCUAUCUAUCUAUCUAUAUAUUAUUAUUAUUAUUAUUAUUAUUAUUAUUAUUAUUAUUAUUAUUAUUAUUAUUAUUAUUAUUAUUAUUAUUAUACAUUAUAAUAAUUUCUAGUGGUUAAACAGGGAAACUGCAACAAUUGUUGAUGGAAUAAAACUGGAGUAGGCUGGAUCCUGGCUUCCCCAAACUCACUCUAUGAGGGAGGGGGAAGCGAACUGGACUGUUAAUCCUUCUUUGGUGAUAGGAAAACUCUGCUGUAAUGAAGCGAAGAAAAUGAACAUGAGCGCAUUAACAUAAACCUGUGAUUUGAAGCGACCAUCAUAAAAAUGAAUUUUAAAGACUCUA